UCUAAAAAAAAUGUGAGGGCAAUAAAUAAAAAAACCCUAAAUGGACCCCACAAAAACAUUAAUUACAAUUUAAAUUCAACGAUGAAGCAGAGGUUUUGCUUGACUUUGAAGCCCCAACUAGCUCAACCAGCAGAAGCAGCGCCCACCAAAUCAGAACCUCACCAUGAGUUUUCCUUCAAAUUGUCAUUGCCAGCUUGUUUUAUCCUAUUUCUCUCUCUUUCCAUCGACUUUCCUCUCUCUUUCUCUCCGACCCACCUCUAUAUAUUCUCUCCUUUCUCUCUUUUGCCUCUUGGAAUUGCUUUUGCACUGUGAAAUAACUUCUGGGUAUCCCUCAAACAGAGGAAAAAUCGAACCUUUUCUUGUUUUUUGACUUGGGUUUUUGGUGUUUCUUCCUUGCCUAUGGCUUCUUCUUAUUCCUCUUGGUUGGAUUCUGUUGACACUUCUCUGGAUCUCAAUCUUCAUCCUUUAAGAUUCACCGGCGAAGCUCCGGUGACGGUGAGUGAGACAGCCUCAAGCUCUGUACUUGUUUAUACUCAAAUGGGUUUUUUGUUUUCUGAAUUGGGUUUCUUUUUGUUUUUGCAGAAGGAGAGGAAUUAUUUGGAUCAUGAGAAGGUUUCUGUCAAAGAAGAGACUGGUGCUUUAAUGGAGGAACUGAAGAGAGUGAGUGCAGAGAACAAGAAAUUAACUGAAAUGUUGACUGUUGUGUGUGAAAAUUACAACACUUUGAGAGGUCAUCUGGUGGAUCAAAUGAACAAAAAUGGAGAAAAGGAAGUUUUUUGUUCGAAGAAGAGGAAAUCUGAGAGUAGUAACAAUAAUAAUAUGGUUGGAAUUAAUGGGAAUUCUGAGAGUAGUUCAACUGAUGAAGAAUCAUACAAGAAGCCAAAACAGGAAACCAUUAACAAAUCUUCUAAAACCACUCGAGUUCAAGUCAAAAUUGGUGCUUCUGAUUCAAAUUUGGUUGUUAAAGAUGGAUAUCAAUGGCGGAAAUACGGCCAGAAGGUCACUAGAGAUAAUCCUUGUCCUCGAGCUUAUUUUAAGUGUUCUUUUGCUCCGACCUGCCCUGUCAAAAAGAAGGUUCAGAGAAGUGUAGAGGAUCAGUCGAUUCUGGUAGCUACGUACGAAGGUGAACACAACCAUCCACAAUCUUCUCUGAUGGAAGCCACCUCCGGCACUGCUGCUGCUCGCUGCGUCGGCCUAACUCCAGCGGCGCCGACAACUCCCCUCGACUCGAGAAAGCCCAAAUCACCCUCUGAAGCUAAAACCACCUCCAGCCCAAGAUUUCAGUCGCCGGAAAUGCAACAAUUUCUUGUUGAACAGAUGGCGUCUUCAUUGACGAAGGACCCCAAUUUCACGGCGGCGCUGGCGGCGGCGAUUUCGGGGAAGAUUUUCCCACAUUAGUUAGUUAAGAAAGUGGGACUAUUUUCUUUGAGAUUAAUCUGUAAAUACACAUUGAAAGAAGAGAAGAUUUGACAGAUUUUAGGAGAUGGGGAAGAUCGUUUUGAGAUUUUUGAAGAAAAAAAACCUUAGAAAAAAAGUACAAUAACUCGAUGUUGAGUCAGAAAGAUAAGGGAAAAAUGAUAAGGGAAAAAUGACUAGUAAAGUCACUUUCUUAUCCAAAAAGGAACGAGAUUCAAAUUGGGUAAUUGGUUCACGGUUUUGGGGUGUUCGAGACGUUCUUGUUUCCAACUGUAUUGACGAAAUUAUUGAAGCAAUUGAAUGAAUUUGAUAGGAAUGAAUUUUAAAA